AUGGGGUAUCAGCAGAACACUGAAUCCAUAUGGAAGGAAAUGUUUGAUGACUGUGGAGAGGCAGUUAUGAACUCCUACACUUCAUGGCUGGCGAAGCAUCCGUCUGCGCUGAACAAUUUCGAAGAGAUGAUGAGCGAGGCUGAGGGAAAGGAAGUUGUGGUGUUUUUGGACUAUGAUGGAACUCUCUCUCAGAUUGUAGAGGAACCUGAUCAGGCAUUCAUGACUGACGAGAUGCGCUCAGCACUAGGAGAAGUUGCCCUUGCUUUUCCUACUGCAAUAGUGUCCGGAAGGCGUCGAGAUAAGGUCUUCAAAUUUGUGCAAUUGAAGAAUGUGCACUAUGCUGGAAGUCAUGGAAUGGACAUAUCAACCCCAUCAGGCUCUUUGAAAUAUAGCGGUCACGAGCAUCAAGUUAUCACCACUGAUGAGCAUGGAAAGGAAGCAGUUCAUUUUCUUCCAGCACAAGAGUUCCUGCCUACAAUUCAAGAGAUAAUCAAAGAUCUUAGAGAGAAAACGAAAGACAUAAAAGGUUCAAUGAUUGAAGACAACCAGUUCUGUGUCUCUGUUCACUAUCGAAAAGUAGCAAAUGAAGAGGAUGUCGACAUCCUGAAAAAGAUGGUGAAAAGUUUAAUGGAAGCUCACAAGAAAUUCAGGAUUUCCGAAGGGAAAAAGGUUUUGGAUAUUCGUCCAAACAUCGACUGGGACAAGGGUCGUGCUCUUCAAUAUUUGCUGGAUACUCUUGGAUAUGACAGUACCUCCGAGGAUGUUUUCCCUGUGUAUAUUGGCGAUGACAAAACUGAUGAAGACGCAUUCACGGCUAUACGGCAAAUAGGACGUGGGUUUCCCAUUGUGGUUUCUUCUACUCCAAAGCAGACCAAAGCUGCACACUCUCUGAGAGACCCAACAGAGGUCAUGUCGUUCCUGAAGCGUCUAGUGAGUUGGAAAAGUACUACAACUAGUAAUUUGAUUGCCUGA